UUGCGCCAUCGUCAACUAUGGCACACGACAGAAGCGAUGAGCAGGCAGUGAUGAGCCUGCUGUCGAUGCUUAUGGUCAAGCCGCAUGCAAAGACGACACGUAUGCUUGCAGAGGAACUCGCUAAGCUGCCGUGUGGGGACUACAUGUGGAUGAACGUUCUCCUGCUCCACGUGUACCAAGCGUUGAUGGAAGCGACGUCAACAGCCGAUAGAGAUGCGUCCACCGCAACAGUUGCGCAACUUGUGGACGUACUAGAAAAGGCGUUGUCUAUAUGCUGUAUACAAGACGUUCAGGGCUCGGCAGCGCAGUGUUUCAAGCUUCUCCAAUGUUUGCUCACUCUGCUGCCCAGUGCAACGGAAACGCUUGCAUUGGGCAGUAGCCUCACCGACGACAGUCGACUUGCUGUCCUACACUGCAUUCAACUUCUUGUGACGACACCAACUCCCCUGCCGUUCCUCGCGACUUCCGUCCCAUUUGCCGCAUACUUGGUAUCGGUGCUCCUCGCCACUGCGCAGAAGGACCAGAACAGAACGUGUCGAAUCGAAGCGUUGCGCACGCUGACGGCGGCCGUGCGCGCCAUCGACGACGCUGACGUGCUGACCCAAGUGCUUCCUGGCCUCAUGAGCUCCCUCUUUCAAAUCGUUCAAAGCGACUACAAACUUGGAUCGAAAUUACCCACACAAGCGAUUCGGUGUUUGUCCAUCACGAUGACACUCGUUCUACAGGACACUCGAUGCCCGUCGCUCGUGACAAAGCCAUCCUACUCGCUCGCCUUCCUCGGCCCAGAUCACCCCACCCUACCAGCCUCCAGCUCCGCUUCUUCUUCAUCACCUCCACGGUCGCCUUCGCUAACGCCGAAGUCUCUCGAUCGCACCCCAGCCUGGCUCGACGCCACUCGUUCCAACCUGCUCACGCUGGUUGUAUCUAUUUGCGGCCACCAGCGCUACCACUCGAAUGCAUUGGUCAGGCAGGCGCUCACAAGUUUCUGCGUCGAUCUACUUGUGCACUGCCGCCUCACCCUCUCCGAGUGCAUCCUUCCAUGCUACGAAACGGUGCUGGCACUAGCCCAAGACCCGAUUGACGUAGGGCGCCAAGUCGCGAUCGACGGCCUUGGGGCAGUUCAUGCGGUGUUGAGUCCCUCGGAGCAAUUGCUGCUGCACACCAAUGCAGGCGAGCGGUGCAUGGCACACCUGACGUCUUUGAUGCAAAAGUGUGCCGCGCCACCGCUCGAUUUUGAGCGCGAGGCCGUGGCGACGUUGCAAGUGUGCCUCGGUUAUGUCACAACAUGCCAAGAGAAAUGGGUGGUCGACAUUGAUCGCGUCAUCAAUGCAUGGACACACAUCCUGGCGGUGGAUGCCGUCGACGUCCAUGUGCUAGCGUACACAACGUACGCGCCCAACGCAGCGUACUUUCGCACGCGCUUCGAGCACUUUCGAUCGGACGACGCGGUUGCUGUGGCGUGCCAAGUCGUGCGGUGCUUUGGAGCGACGUCCGACUUUCCCGCGUACGUGGACGCGAUUGUCGCCCACGUCAUGGCAUUCCCGACGGACUCGAUGGAAUGGCUGGUUGUGUUCAACCAACUCGUGCUUGGUGCCGCGCGCACGGACCUUCCAGCGCUCUCGUCGGCAUGGGCUCCACCAAAGAAGAUGUUGGACAUCCAUGUUGGAGCGUACCUUGUCGACGUCGUCCUGCAAUUGCCGCUGUGGACGACGACGGAAGGUUGUGAUGAGAGCAUGAGCAUUCUCGUUGAGAUCGUCGGGUCGAUCGCGCAAGCUUUAGCAGCGGCAUUUUGCCCCUUGCUCAUGCAUGUGCUGUACCCCCUCGUGGAGCAGCUCGGGCGUCCGUCGCCAAUCGUCCAACAGGCUGCUCUCGCCACCCUCGCGCGACUCGCGUACUCGUGCAAUUUUCACAGCUCUGUUCCGAAGCUCCUUCAUGCCAACAUGGACUACGUCGUGGAUAUGUUGGUGAGCCGACUGAACCAACUGGACGAGUACCCACACACGCCGUUCGUGGUCGAAGCACUCCUUCGCCAUGGCGGGAGCAGUGCGACUUCGCCGCUGCCUCUGUUGGAAGAAGCGGUCGCCGGUGUCAUCCGAAGCGUCGACAUCCACGUGGCAACCCCACAGCAUGCCAUCGGUCUUCUCCGCGUCAUGAAAGUUGUCGUAACGAACGAACCCACCGCCCCAUGCAAGCCUCUCCAACGCUCCACCGCUGCAUCCUCCACGUCAACUUGGACAUCGCCAUCUCGACGAGUCACUUCGUUCAUCCACGACAUGAAGAACCUGUUUGACCCCCCAGACGACGAUAUCGCCGCUCCAGCCGAUGACGACGUGAACAUGCCACGUGCAGGAAGCACCAAAGGCGCGAUGCCCAUCGAACACAACGAACAUGCGUCGACAUCGCCGCCCACAGGCAUGGCCAAGCUCGUCCAAGACAUUGUUUUGCGAUCGACGUACUUUACAGCAGCGCGCGACACCGAGACAGCGUGCUCGGCAUGGCAGGUCCUCACGCAAGCCUUGGCGGUGGUGCCCUCGGAACACAUUCGCCCCCUUGUCCACCGCAUCUGGCCGCAGCUGGCCCAACGCGUCGGCGAUUCCACCCACAAGCCGAAACACUUGGCUGCCGUGCAGUGCCUCAGCGCAUUGGCUGGCCUGUGUGGCGACUUCAUCGGGGACAAGUUUGUCGAGUCAGUGUGGCCAGCGUUUGAGACCCAUUUCAAGCAUCACGCGAGUGAGUCCAUGCAGCAUGGGGCGCUAGCACUGGACGAUCUACAGUUUGUCGUCGACGAGGCGGAACACACCGACGCGGCUCCCUCUGCGACGUCGUCAGCGCUUCAACGCCCGACGUCCCUCACCAACCAAAUUCAUCUGCACAUGAUCACAUGCCUCGAACGCGUCUGCCGGUCCACCGACUCGGUCGCGUUUCUCGUCCACGAUAUUGCCGAUGCCACGCAGCCUUUCCUCGCCUCCACGGCGCCCCCUCCACUGCAAGACCAAACGGUCGCGCUCUUUCACGCGUUGAUGCGUCUCAACGGCGAUCUGCUUUUUCCACGACUGGUCUCGAUGGCGUCGAUGCCGCUGCCCCCACCACCCUCGAUCCACUUUCCAGUGUACGCCCCAGACGCGGUCCUUCGCACGUCGGACUGCGUGCCGCACCCGGCCUUGUACGCACGAAAUGGUCGCCGCCUCUUCCGCUCACUGCACGCUCCUUUGAACUAGAAACAUGCCGACCAACUAUCUAGUUGACCUGUGUUUUGUACCAUUACUCUUUUAAUCCAUGUCUUGGGCGCCGCUGGAUGCACUCGCACCGACGGACGCGGCAAGCUCCUCUGCUUCUUGCUUCGCCUCCAACUCGGCCAGGAUCGCAUCAUCCUCGUCAGCGGCCGCUUCGGCAGCAUCAACAAUCGCGUUGACAUCGACGACGCGUUUCGAGUCGCUCGCAACUACAAGCGCCUUGCUCCCGCCUUCCGCGUUGCGAACGUGCGCCUUGACGGUCAGCUGGCCCUUCCGAGUGACCGUAAACGACACUUCGACCUCGGACUCGCCCUUGGGGGCGGGCGGGAUCCCGGUCAAGGUCAAGUUGGCUAGCAACGUGUUGUCCUUCUUCAGCACGCGCUGGCCUUCGUACACUUGCAAGUAGACUGCGUGUUGGUUGUCGACUUGGGUCGUAAACACUUCUUGGUGGUUCGCGGGCAAGAUCGUGCCACGAUGGAUCAUGUCGUAGACGGUGCCGUCCGCCAAGCCGAGCGACAGGUUGAGCGGCACCGCUUCGACGUUGUUGAGGGGGUCUUCCGGGAGCGUCCAGUCGGCUGUUUCCGACAGCGUGCCGGACUCGACGGUCGCGCCGAACGCGACAGCCUCAUCCGGGGCGAUCGUGACAAGCGCCUUCUUGCCAUCGAAAAAGUCCUCGACAGCCGUUUGGACCUUGGGGAUGCGAGUGGACCCGCCGAUGAGCAAGACAUGGUCAAUCGAGUCCUUUUCGUACCCCGCGCCUUCCAAGAGGGCCGCGAUGUCCUUGGUCACCUUGCGGAUGUGGUCGAUCACCAUGUCUUCAAAGCGCGAACGCGACAGCUUCACAAUCAAGUCUUGACCAUCGGCCAGCGAGUCGACUUCGAUCGUGACUUGAGUUUGCGUUGACAGCGACUUCUUGGCUUGUUCACUCGCGACCUUGACCCGGUGCAAGGCGCGGGUGUUGUCCGCCGCGAUCGUGACCUUCUUUUGGCGCUCGAAUGUCUUGAUACAGUGCUCCACGACAGAGUUCGUAAACACUUCGCCACCCAACGCGUGGUCGCUGGCCGUCGCGAUCACGUUGAAUAGCCCCUUGUCGACGCUGAGGAGGGUCAAGUCCGUCGAUGCACCACCAAUGUCGACAACGACAGCCAACUUGGAUUCGUUUUUCUUGUCUUCGUCCAAACCGUACGCAAUGGCGGCAGCGAUGGGCUCACUGAUGUAGCGCAACACGUUCAAGUCGGCCGCGGACGCAGCUUCCUGCAACAACGCCUUUUGCUCGUCCGAGUACCCUUCUGGAACAGUCAAGACAGAGUUCUUCACGGACGACCCCGUGUAAUCUUCGGCCAACGCCUUGAGCUUGCGCAACACGAUCGUGCAAAACUCGACGGCAUGGAUAUCACGCGACCCGUCCAAGAUCUUGGCAAUGGGCGCGCCAUGCUUGUCCGCAGCCAAGUCGAAGCUCCAGUCCUUGACGUAUUCAUGUGCGUGCACGUCCUUGUGCUUCUUGCCGAGGACGCGCUUCAAGUGGUACACUGUGUUGGCAGCGUUGUUGUGGAGCUUUGCGACGGCCGAGUCCCCGACAACGACGUCGUCGCUGGCAAAAGACACCAUGCACGGCGUCGUGCGGAAGCCUUGGUCGUUCGCAAUGACCGACACCUUGCCGUUGGCCCACACACCCACGCACGCAUGCGUCGUCCCGAGAUCGAUCCCAAUGCUCGCCAUGUUGAUUCGAGUGGUUUAGAACGGAGGUUCAAAAAUACCUCCAGUGCCGAUGCAGGCGAAGUUCAGUACUUGGAAUUUGUAUACCUCUCGAAGGC